UGAAAUCAACAUCAUGAAGUUUGUGAUCCUCGUCGCCCUCUCCGCCGUGGCCGCAGCCGCCCCCGAGACUGGAUACCCGGCACCCGACCCCUCUCCCUCCUACGCCGUCCCCUCCUCUCGAGGAACGGACGACGUGGUUGGGGUCGUACCCAUCCUGAGGGACGAGAGAGCCCACGGGGGCGACGGCACUUACAGCUACGACGUAGAGACUGGCGACGGCAUUCAUGUUGCAGAGUCUGGCGCUCCCGAAGGACCUGAGGGUGCGGUCGUUGCCUCUGGGCAGUUCUCGUACACUGCUCCCGACGGGAGCCUGAUCGAGGUCACGUACGUCGCCAACGAGGAAGGUUUCCAGCCCGAGGGUGACCACUUGCCAGUGGCUCCCGAAUUCCCUCAUGAGAUUCCCGAGUUCGUGCUCAGGCAGAUCCAAAAGGCAGCUGAGGAAGACGCUCUUGCCGCGGCGGAGACCAGAGACGCUGCGCCUCCCCAGCUCUACGAGAGGCCACAGUAAAUACUUCCGAGGAUGUAAAAAAAACUGCCAGGAUGCGGAGACAACAGACCAGAAUGCGAUUUAACAUAAUUUAUUAGUGGCACAAGGUAUUCGAUAUGACUUGUAUGUAAUAAAGACUUCAACUCUA